UCCCGCCAUUAUUUGCAAUCCGCGAGCUUCUAUCUUUAUUCUCUUCUCUUCUCUCACACAGAGCAAACUCGAAACGCUUGCCGUUUCUGCAGAUCUCGACGACGAUGACCUAGACGCCGUUUCAUCUCCGACCGAAAUGAAGAUGAAGAUCAACAAAGCCUGCGAUCUCUCCUCCAUCUCCGUCUUUCCUCCUCCUCUCGUUUAUCCAAGGAAAGGGAACAACGUGUCAAGCGGAUUGCAAGUGUCUCACUCUCAGCAUCGCUCGCAACCGUCUCAGCAGUCGCUUUCUCAGGGACUCUCCUCUCAGCACGGAAUUUUGUCUCAUUUCUCUCAGAACUCUCUCGACGAGGCCGUCACGACUAAUGAUCAGAGAAUUGGUUCUCAAGAACAUGAGAACUCUUUGAGGAGGCUUUCUAGCUUGCCCCGAGCUACAUAUUCGCGGGAAGAGAGUCAACAACCUAACUCGAGAUCUUCGUCCAAUCUAAUGAUUAAAUGGAAUUCUGCAGAACAUAAAAGUCAGUUAAGUGAAGGACUUGAACACCGAAUUGGCAUAAUGGAAACAACAUUGAGUAGGUUUGCAAUGAUCCUGGAUUCUGUUCAAAGUGACGUAAUGCAAGUAAACAAAGGAACAAAGGAAAUUAUUUUGGAGAUGGAAUUCAUUAGGCAGAAGUUGAUUGCACAGGAUAACUCGCUUCAGUUAAUGACUAAAGGACAAGAAGAAAUUAAAGCAAUCAUUGAUGGGAGCUUGAAAUCUUUAUCUGAACAAAUGAGCCAUGUUUCAAAGAAAGAGAAAUUACAGGAAGUAUGUUUGGCGGUUUCUGCGUUGCCUCAACUAAUCGAAGCCUCUCAGCAAAAUGUACAAAAUGAUCUCCGUGACAUCAACAAGGAAAUGAAGGAAAUUUCUUGCAUUCUGAAAAGCGUCAACCAAAAGGAUCUGGCGCCACGUACUUUGUCUUCAAAGAGGGUUAGCAAACGGGUUACCACACCGAAAAGGCGUCAGCCUCUUGCUAAGUCAAGGUGUGAGGCGAAGAAUAUACGAGCUACUGUAGCUCCAGAGAUAAAAGUGGGCGUUUGGAAGCCAGUAAAAAGAGAAAGAGUCGUUUUUUCAGAUAAAACAUCUGAAAAGGUGCAAAAGAAAAAAGAACCACACACUGAGAAGUAUAUGAGGGGAGGUAGAGACUGUGCUAUUGUCAUUGAAUCUGAUGAGGAGACUGAAGGUUUUUCCUGCUUGGUCGGUGAAAACGCAGACCUAUUUGGGAAAUUGACGAAAGAAGAAGAGGAAGAAACUGAGCGAAUUUUGCGGAAAGCAAGGAGGCGCAAGAGGAAAAGUAUAGUAAUACUAUAACCAGGAGCAGCAGUUCGAUACUUUCAGAUACACAAGCAAAUGUGAAAAACCCCGGGGCUAAGAGUCGAUAAAACUUCUGUAACUUUCGGUAUUCUUUUCCUGUUAAAAGUGAAAUUUCACCUUAAAAAUCAGUAUCGAUCUUUGUUAUACAGGUAAUGUGUAACUUUAAUUAGAAACUAACAUGUUGACCCGUGUAAUCACACGGGUCAUGUCUGUAUUUUUAUUUGUAUUAAAAUAGUCGU